AUGCCCAAGUCAGGAUUUGAUCCGCAGCGCCAUCAGCGCAAACUGCACCGUCACAAUCCUCUCUCCAAAUCCAGCUCAGCUUCAGCCAACAGCAGCGCUCAAGCUUCUCCCUCAUCGGUCUCUUCCGCCACUCUUGAUGCUCUUCAACAGGCCACCAAGCUCGCCAGUGGCAGCACACUUGAUUCGGCCAAAGCAGCAGCGUCGCCAGCUAACGAUAUUGUUCCACUGCUCGCCAACUUGCCCGCGCCAGACAAUGCGGCCACCACCGCUGCCUCUAUCAACCUCGCCGACAAGGUCUGGUCGCUCGCUUCCGUAUCCUUGCUCCUCACCGUCAGCCCAACUCAAUCUGCUACCGAGGUCAAACACCAUCGCAAACUGUUGCUCUCGCACAACCUCGUAGGCAGGCUCCUCCUCGCCCUUCAGUCGCACACCGAGGUCGAUGUGAGGCGCGAAGCAAGCGGUGCUCUCCGCAACCUCUGCGUCGACUCCGGCAUCGAUGUUCGCAACGAAGUCGUCAACAAGGGCGGUGUACCCGCCAUUCUCUCGGCCAUGCGAUGGGCAAGCAAUGCAUUCGGAUUUGAUGCAAGCUCUAGCUCGAAUCCUUCCGUCUCCUUUGUCGACGACGCACCCACCCAAGAGCAGGACAUCGAGGCCAAAAAGGCGCUUCUCUCGAAAUCGCUCGACAAGAUGAACAAAAAGGAAAAGCGGCAUGCUACCAAGCUCGCGGCAGUGCUUGGAAAGACGCUGGAACAGGUUGCAGGCCAUGGUCUCUCUGCCGAGGAUCAACACAAGCUCGUCUCGUCCGGCCACGAUGCUAACAGUAACGACAGCAUGGACACUUCCGCUGCUUCCGCCUCUCGCAGGGGCGAACCUUUCCUCGGUCUUGAUUCCAAUACUCGCAAGGGUCUCAUCGAGAUGGCAGAGAACCUAGUGACCGUGGUUUGGUGCUUGUGCGAAUCGGGCGACAAGGCUUUUGCCAAAUUUGUGUCCUGGAAGUGGCUUGACCAGGAUGUCGUCGGUGCCGGCGCUUCCAACGACGAGCUCAGCGGUCAAGGCCUGGCAUUGUGGCUCUCAUCUGCCAUCAAACUCGGCUCAAGAGCUGCCUCAGUGCUCUCCACUGCUAGCGCUGGCGGAUCUCGUGCCUCGUCUUCCCUUGCAACCGAUUCGGCGACGGAGACGCUCGGCGUUCUAUCCAAUGAAGAGCUCUCGCUCUUGCUCGACCUUGCACUGGCUUCUGGCAACGCCCUUUGUGCAUUGACCGACGGUGGCGAGGCCGACUUUGUGGAUGGUUUGCUCGCUCGUAAGUCUGCCACCCUGCCUCCCAAAUCAUCCAAGAAGAAAGGUGCAAAACCCGCCCGUUCCAUCGUUGCGCCUCAGAUUCCCGUCGUACAUUCACUCGAUGAACAGCCAGCUUCUGCCACGCGCUGCCUCGCUGCCAUUCAGACCGCCUUGUCCCUCCUCGAAGCCUGCGUCAACACCGACCAGUCCAACGUUGACAAGCUCAAGCGUUACAUCCUCUCGCAAACCACGAUGCUCGGUGUCCUCUCUGCCGGCAUCUUCCGCAACAUUGCUGCUGCCGUCGACACCAAAACCGCAAACGCUGCUUCGCGUUCAAAGUCGUCGCGCAAGAACGCUGGUGGUGGUGCCACAUUCACAUCGUCCAACAUCUUCGUUCCCACGUCGACAUCGUCUGGCACGGGUGCAGAGGGAAUAUCGUUGAAAGAGUACGAGCAGAGCGUCAUCCUGCCCACACUCACCCGUCUGCUGUCGGCUGUCGACAUGACCAAGCUCGCACACGACCUGGACGGACGGGGUGAUAUCGCCGAGGCUGUUUCGCUCGAUUCGAGCGCCAAGGAUGGACUGGACGAGUCGGCGCUCCGAGCUAAGAUGCAGGGCAAAGCUGAAGAAAAGGCGCAGACGCUCAUGCUUGCGCUCGAAGUGCUAGCCGAGAUGGCGGGUAGUCUGGACUCGCGUGCCACUGGAGGACUGACAGAGGGAGACGACGAUGAUGAGUGGUUGGAGGACCUCGAUGGGGACGAUGAAGAGGCGGAUGACGAAGACACGGACAUGGAGGUGGGUGGUGACGACGAUAACGAGGAUGGAGCGGCAGAAGAGGAUGAGAUGGACGCCGUGAUCUCUAAAGACGACGAUGAUAUGGGUAUUGUCGCUCAGCAAACGACCAAUGGCGGCGACACAUUUGCCGACGCUGUCAAGCGAAGCGGCACGUUGCCGUUUGAAGCAUACGCACCUGCGCUAGCGUCCAUCUUUACAGCAUCCUCUCGCUCUUCGCUCGCCGGUGCACUCUUGACGCUCGCACUACCCUUUGAAGCCUCGUUCCCCUCUCUCACUUCGGCUGGAGAGGCAACCGACAAACCUACGUCCGGACUGCUCCGCGGCCUUCACCUCCGCUCUCUCUCGGUGCUCAACAAUCUGCUUCUUCGCCUCGCCACGUUUUCGCCACCCCCGCCGUCGCAGCCCGCCACGGAUCCGAAGGUGCAACGCCGAAUCGCCGCUUUCCGCAGCUGGAUCCAGGGUGCGCCGCAAAAUAGCACGCUCAACGAGGUGUGGAAGAGCCUCUUCGAGAUUGCCAAAGGCUGUGCUAGUGUCCCUGCUGUCGCCAGUGCUGGGGCUGGGAUCGUCAAGCCUGCUAAUGGUGGCGAUGCGGAGGGUGUGGUUGACAGCGUUGGAUCCAGUGUCGGCGCUGGUUCUGGAACGGACGAAGGUGGUGAUGGGCUGAGCAUGGUCGAGACGUGCAUUGGAACCAUGUGGUCUGUUGCACGCCUAUUCGAAGGAUCUGUUGAACUGUCGCCCAGUAGCAGCGCCUCCAUCCGCGUUUCGAACGCCGAAGCCUCAUCUUCGGAAAUCAUCGUCGCCCUCGUCUCCGGCUACACUUCAGCCGCCACCGAUGCCAUGCGCGUCAAAUGCAUUCUGCUCCUCUCGACAAUCGCACGCUCGCCUGUCGUUUCCGUCGCCCUCAACGCCUACAUCGGCCACUUUCUCGUCUCCAUCCUCGAGGCCAUUCCUGACCAUCCCUCGGCCUCCGCGACCUCCGGAACGACGGUGGAGAGCAUGCUGGCCGCGAUCAAUGGGUUGAUCGAUACCUAUGCUGACGAGACGAGCCACUAUGAUGCGGAAGCUUUCCGCGGGGCCAACCUAUUGGGAAGGAUCAGGUUGACUGUUUUCAAGUGCAAGGCACUGGCGAGGCAGGUGGAUCGCAGGAAGCAGAUUUCGCUGAGGGCGAGCGCCGAGGAGGCGUUGGACAACCUGCAGGGCUUCGUUCAGUAUCGCCAGAGCUUGCGCUUCUAA